AACGGCAGCCGUGGGGAAACAUCUAACUAGUUAUGCACCAACUGACGAGUAGAAUAAGCGAGUAGUUACUUUUCAUGUGGGUAACGAGUAACGAGCCUCGCUCCGUUUUCGCUCUCCACUGGCGCUCACUGGAUGAUCACCGCCUACACACUGCCCACUUGUUCAGGUGACAGCGUCAACUAACGCCCCCCCCUCCCUCCCCUCGGAGAUGUUGCUGUCUGUGGAUGACAGUAGACCCGGAGGACCGAAACAAGUGUUUGAACCGCUCUUUUAGAAAGUAGCCAGGAUAGAAAACGGGUUUGUCUUUCUUGAAGGCGUCUACUUAUUGCUUGUCACCGAGACCGAGUGGAAGUCCUUCAGCGUCGCUUCGGUCAUUUUUAAGCCACGAAGCCAGGAGAGAAGCAAGAGGAAGACGACGGUCAAAGCUAACGUUAGUCUUAACUCCACUCACAACCGGCUUAUUUCCUCUCUCUUCUUCUUCUUCUCCGGUAACGGUAUCGGUAUCACCUGGAUGCAAUGACUGACUCGGUUGUGGACAGCAAGGCGGAGGUGAAACAAGCCACCAAAUAUGUCAAAGAGACCGAAAACGUUGCGGAGAAAUAUUCAGCGAUGACUGUGAGCAAAAAUAGCAGUGAUGUGAAUAUGAACGUCGGGGAAAUGCCCUCCGCAGCGUUCACCGCAGUCCCCACUCUGAAAUCCGUCAAGAAGAUCCAGUUUGCAAACACAGAAGACAAACAGGAAUUCACUAAGUACCCCACCAAGGCAGGCCGUCGCUCUCUCUCUCGGUCCAUCUCGCAGUCCUCCACAGACAGCUACAGCUCAGCUGCGUCCUACACCGACAGCUCUGAUGAUGAAACUUCCCCCCGGGACAAAGCCCAGGUCAACACCCACGGCAGCAGUGACUUUUGUGUGAAGAACAUCAAGCAGGCUGAAUUUGGCCGCCGCGAAAUCGAGAUUGCCGAACAAGACAUGUCUGCCCUGAUCUCCUUGAGGAAGAGAGCCCAAGGGGAGAAGCCACUGGCUGGGGCGAAGAUAGUAGGCUGUACCCACAUCACUGCUCAGACAGCAGUCCUGAUUGAAACCCUGGUAGCCCUCGGGGCCCAGUGUCGCUGGACUGCCUGUAACAUCUACUCCACUCAGAAUGAGGUGGCUGCUGCUCUUGCUGAAACAGGAGUACCUGUGUUUGCAUGGAAGGGUGAGUCAGAGGAUGACUUCUGGUGGUGCAUCGAUCGCUGUGUCAACACCGAGGGCUGGCAGGCCAAUAUGAUCCUGGAUGAUGGCGGAGACUUAACUCACUGGGUGUACAAGAAGUACCCCAGCGUCUUCAAGAAGGUCCGAGGCAUCGUGGAGGAGAGUGUCACUGGGGUGCACAGAUUGUACCAGUUGUCCAAGGCUGGCAAGCUGUGUGUCCCUGCCAUGAACGUGAACGACUCAGUCACCAAGCAGAAAUUCGACAACCUUUACUGCUGCCGUGAAUCUAUCCUGGAUGGCUUGAAGAGGACCACAGAUAUAAUGUUUGGAGGCAAACAAGUUGUCGUGUGUGGUUAUGGAGAGGUGGGGAAAGGCUGCUGCACUGCUCUUAAAGCCCUUGGAGCCAUUGUGUGCAUCACUGAGAUUGACCCCAUCUGUGCCCUGCAGGCAUGCAUGGACGGAUUCCGAGUGGUCAAGCUGAGUGAGGUCAUCCGGCAGAUGGACGUGGUGAUAACUUGCACUGGCAACAAGAAUGUCGUUACCAGAGAACAGCUCGACCGAAUGAAGAACGGCUGCAUCGUCUGCAAUAUGGGACACUCUAAUACUGAGAUUGAUGUGGCAAGUCUGCGCAGCCCUGAGCUGACCUGGGAGAGGGUUCGCUCUCAGGUUGACCACAUCAUCUGGCCAGAUGGGAAGAGAGUUGUUCUGCUGGCAGAGGGUCGCCUCUUAAAUCUGAGCUGCUCCACAGUGCCUACGUUUGUGUUGUCCAUCACUGCUACAACUCAGGCCCUGGCCCUGAUUGAGUUGUUCAAUGCUCCAGAGGGACGUUACAAACAGGACGUAUAUCUCCUGCCCAAGAAGAUGGAUGAGUAUGUGGCCAGUUUGCACCUACCAAACUUUGAUGCCCACCUGACAGAGCUGUCAGAUGAGCAGGCCAAGUACAUGGGCCUCAACAAGAAUGGCCCCUUCAAACCUAAUUAUUACAGGUAUUAAUGAGAGCAUCUGAUGGUGUGACCCUCAAAACACAGUUGCCCUGGGAUAAACAGAGAUAUCUAUUUUAUUUUCUAAAUUGCUACCAAACCGAGGAAUUAUUUUACUUAUGCUGAAUGUAACUUAUUAAUAGCACUUCAGACAUAGUGUUAAAUAUGAAAAAUAAGAGUAAAGACAUGUAGGAAACAUAUAAUGUAUAACCAACUAACAUUUUACACGUCUCGUCACGUGUUUAAAAACAAAGCCUGCUUGCAUGCUUUCAAUUGUAUGUACUUAUUUAGUUGCUACUGCUUUUGUUAUUAGAUCACAGAGCUGUCGAUUUGUUUGUUUACCCUAUUUACGCACAGUGCCAAAUAAUGGCCGUAAGAAUGGAACAGAAGAUACCAUUUAUGUUUUGUCUGUCAAUGGCAUUAAGAUUUUAUUAGUACAUUCCAUGAGCCAGAGUUAAGGCUGAGCCACAACAAACUCUGUAUUACAAUGUACAUUCUUUUAGAAAUGUUUUGUUUUAUAUGCGUUAAAUAAUCUCAUUGAUUGGUAUCUGCAUACAUGCCCGAAAAGGUAACAUCCAGUCCAGUCGCCUUUAUUACAACAAAGCUCAGUGAUCAAAUAUAACACGUUAUAUAAAUAAUACAAUCCAGUGUUGUUUAUUUCAAGAAAUUAAAAUAGCCUGUGAAUAGUGAGUUGAUUUGAAAUUCCUGACUAGUGACGCUCACCCAGAGCUUCUCCUCAACAACCGCAAAGCAAAUGUACUAAUAACAGAUUAAGAUGUUAUCUUAAGGCUAACAGGCUGUAUGUGUUCCCUAAAAAGGAAGUCUGAAAAAGGUGAUGAGAUGGGGCCAGUAAAACAUUUCCAAACUACUGUAACGUCCCCCACUACAUUCCAAGUUUCCAUUUGCUGGGAUCUGUCUUGCCGAGUGUUUUGACUGGAUAAUACCUUUAAGGCCAUGGUAUGAAUGUGCCUUUUAAAUCAUUUACAAUAAGUAAAUAUCAGCACUGACCUUAAUUAAAUGAACAUUCCUCUUUUGUGAAACCACAUCUAAUAGUGGUACAUUUAAUGUCUUCCCUCCACUGCUUCUCGUAUUAAGUGUAACUCUAAUGUGUGAGCUAUAUGUUGAGAAAAAAUCUUAGACUUUAUGUUUGCCAUAUAAUUGUCACUGUCUUAAUUUGAUCCAGCAGGGUCACUUAAACAAAUAUUUCAUGUGAUCAAAAUGCACAAGUGUAUGCUAUUUAUGUAAAAGAAUGCAUUAAAUAAGCAAUAAAGCAAGUCCUUUUAACAGAGAAAAUAAA